AUGCCGGCCGUCUCGGUUGCCGCCGGCUGCUGUCCCGCCUCUACGCCGGCGAACGAAGUCGUCGAGGACAUCUUCGGCCUUGUGCGCAUCCUCAGAGAUGGCACCGUGGUCCGGUCGCCGGUCGGCCCGGUGUUCUGCCCGACCACCUUCCCUGAGAACCACCCUUCCGUGGAAUGGAAGGAGGCCGUCUACGACAAAGCAAAGAACCUCGUGGUCCGCAUGUACAAGCCGUCGCCGGCCGGCGGGAAGGUGCCGGUGCUCGUCCACUUCCACGGCGGCGGGUUCUGCAUCGGGUCGCCCUCGUGGGCCAACGUGCACGCGUUCUGCCUCCGCCUCACCGCCGACACUGGCGCCGUCGUGCUGUCCGCCGGGUACCGCCUCGCCCCCGAGCACCGCCUGCCCGCGGCCGUCGACGACGGGGCCGCCUUCAUGCGCUGGCUCCGUGCGCAGUCGUCCGCGUCCGCGAACGCCGCUGAGGCCGACGCCGAUGCCUGGCUCACCGAGGCCGCCGACUUCGGCCGCGUGUUCGUCACCGGCGACUCGGCGGGAGCAACCAUAGCGCACCACCUCUCCGUGUGCGCCGGGGUGGCGGUGGAGGCCGACGACGCUGGUGAAGCCGGCGAGCAGGACCAGGACCAGGUGACGAUCCGUGGCUACAUCCUUUUGCUGCCGUUCUUCGGCGGCGUGGAGCGCACGGCAUCAGAGCAGGCGGAGUGCCCCGCCGGCGCCGGCGCCGGGUCGCUACUGAGCCUGGACGUGCUCGACCGGUUCUGGCGGGUGUCGCUGCCGGCGGGCGCCACCAGGGACCACCCCGUGGCGAACCCGUUCGGGCCGGACAGCCCCGACCUGGGCUCGGUGGACUUCCGCCCGGUCCUCGUGGUGGUCGCCGGCCUCGACCUGCUGCGCGACCGCGCCGUCGACUACGCCGAGCGGUUGGCCGCCGUGGGCAAACCCGUGGAGCUCGCCGAGUUCGCCGGCGCGGCCCAUGGCUUCUUCCUGCACGAGCCGGGCUCCGAGGCGACUUGCGAGCUGAUACGGGCCGUGGGCCGGUUCGUCGACAGCUGCGUUAUUUCAGCGUCCGAGGCUGCUGCUUGA